GUGCGAUGGAAACAUUUAGCAGUUACAGUCACUAUAUGCUUGAUCCAGUGUGUGACAGUAUCUCAGACAGAUGCGCAACAGAUGCAGGAUGUCAUUUCUAUGACUGCUGACGGUUGGAGGCCCAUCAUUGGAACAAGGCGGCAACCAACAUUCAAAGAAGAAAUUACUCACUACAGGAAUCCCCUUGUCAAUGACAACUUAAAGAAAGCGGAAACACCAUCAACUGCGGGAACAACUUUGACAACACCUUCGACCACUCAGAAAAUUCCUACGAAGGCAAACAACAACGCCGGAGGAUCUCUGAAGAAAUUCAAUUCCAAAGUUACUCCCCACUCGAAAUUCGCACCUCCCAAUCAAGGUUAUUUCAAUGGAGCUCAUGGUCCUCAUAUUCCUCUUGGUGGAAUCCCACCAAACCGACCCAGCUCAUCUGGUCCAGUUAAAAAAUAUCCUUCCAACAAUAAAUUUACUCACUUACAAGGAAAUGGCAAAAGAGGAAAGCCCGUGAGAGGACAAGCUACAGCAUACAGCAACAGAGAUGAAGUAUUUGCGCCUGCGCCAAAUUCUGGUUCGUAUUCUUUUAUUUCUCAGGGACCCAAUGCGGUAAAAACUAGAGAUCCACCAGGAAUACUAUUGGGAGGAAACCACUUUUCUAUCAAUCAACCAAAUUCGCACAUUGAAUUUAUCAACCGCUUUCCUCAAUCGCAGAUUCAAAAUGACAACGCCUACCAAACAUUCAACAAUCCAGUGACUGCUUACGUAUUCCCCAAACAACAACAUCAAACCAACGAUAUUCACUUUAACUACAAGAAUCAAAAUGACGAAUAUACAAGAAACUUAGUACCUCCUCCACAACCCUAUAAACCAUUCCAAGAUAAGGAUACUGUUAAAAACAAGAACUCUAAACCAAAAGAACAAAAUGGGGCAACCCAAUCUUCAAAUCAGCAUACACAGUUUAUCAAAAAUAAUGUCCCACAAAAUAUUGCUUUGCAAUUACCACCACCAUUCGAACAAAACAAAUUUAACUAUGCUCAGAAUGAAGUAAAGAACGAUCAAGCAGUUGAAGUAGAAGUUACCAAACAGAAACUAAAAGUAUUCCACAAUAGUAUACCCACUAACUACAAUCCAUUAACUCCUGAUUAUGUAGACUACGACUUUCACGCCAUUAAAAGACCCACCUCACUACCAAAGCUACAAACUUAUGAAGUCACUGAAGGAAAACAAUGGCAAGAAAGUCCUCCGUUCCAUUACAGGUUCCCAGAACCACCGCAUUUAACCCAGCGACCAAAGAAACCUUCAGGUUCUAGAAGACCCCCUCCGCCUGAGCAACCAAUUAUUGAAUUGAGUCGACCAAUUUUAGAAUUAAGCUUACCUCCAUUCUUACCAACUCCAUACAAGCCUGAAGGAGUCGUUCCUACAUCAUCCACCCAAGAAGAAGUAUCGACAAUAUUUUCACAACUAUCGAAUAAAAUAAAAACUCAUGAAUAUCAAACUGCACAUCCCCACUUCUUUGAUGUUAAAGAAGUGUCUACACAUUUCCCCAUUUUAGGUAGACCAGAAACAAAACCUGAACUGCAAACUGAAUUUAAUCCGUACAAAGAACAAGAAAGCACCAAUGAAAUUACCACAAAUGGCGGUGAAGAUGAAGAAAAAACGACUACUACUCUCAGAACUAUAAACAGAGACCCAACAAAGGUAAGAAUUACACAUAGAAGACGCAGACCAUCCAAUAGAUUGCGCACAACUACAACUGAAGAAUCUGUUACUACUGAAAAUUACGAUGUCCAAAAAACUCAAGAAAAUGAAACCGAAUUAUCAACGGAAACUGAAAGACCUCUGAGACGACGACCAAUAAGAUAUAGAACAACAACCGUAGCAGACAUUCCUGAAGUUGAAGAACCGACUACCAAAAGUACAAGAGGAAGAAACAGGUUUAGACAAAGACAAAAUCCUACUGAUGCCCUAAGAAAUUCAGGUUACAGAAAACGUCUAAGACCCACAGAUAUGCCUUCUAAUCACAAAAUUACUCAAGGCGACCUGAAUCAAAAUGAUUAUAAGAAAACCACUGAAGAGAUUUCUGUAGAAUCUUAUUCGUCAUCUACUGAAGAAAACUCUGAAUCAUUUGAUUCUUCCUUUGUAAAAGAUACAGACACUACCGAAGAAGAUAUCCAAGUUAAACAGAACCGAUAUGAGUACGAUUUUGAUAACAGAAGACAUCCAACACAAUUAGAUGAACUUUCGAAAUAUCAUAUUACUUCUGCUCACAAUGAUUUGGAAUUAACAAAACCAAACAAAGAUGCAGAUAUAGAUGUGACAGAGAGACAUACUACGGAGAUAAUACCCACUACUAAUAUUCCUAUUCCAGAAAAUGAAAUAGACUUUUCAACUCCAGAACCCCAGCGCACUCAAACUAUUGUUGCAACUGAACAACCAGAAAUAGAAGAAAUUACUAUAGCUACAACGAUUCCGUCAACAACAACAACGACAACCGAAGAAACUACAACUACCAAAUCACAUAGAGUUCGCGGUCGACCUGUUAAAUAUGAUGUAUCUAACAGACCUAGGUUCAGUGUCAAAGAUUAUAGGCAAAGAUUCACUACCACCUCAUCCACGACUGAAUCAUAUAGAACAACUUCUGCCAGUUCUAGACUUCGAUUCCCUAAUAGAUCCAGGAGGCCAACAACUUCAACCACAACAGUAAAUAGUGUCUUACCUGAAGACGAUGAAGAACAAAACAGCGAACCAAUGCGUACUAAAUUCAAACCUAAAGAACCCAGAUUUAGUGUGACAACUGAAGCAAACGAGAAUAUAAUUACUGAAAAGAAUAUAAAAUCAGUAAAUACCAGAUUGAGGCCUUUUGGAAGACAAAGAUCUACAACAGAAGCCACUACACCAAAAGUUUCUAUAAAACCAAAUUUAUUUUCUCAGAGAAGAAGAACGGCACCUUUAAGUUUGAAGUCAAGAAUUCAGAACAAGUAUAAUAAGACUCAAGAAACAACUACUACAGAAUCAGAAUUAGAAAAUGAAACUGAACAAGUCUUCCAAACGACAAUUUCUUACGAUUCUAACACGCCCGAAUUAACAACUGAAUAUGCUAUAAGGAAAUAUAGUAAACCUGAACAAACUACAGAAUACCUAGAAACUACUACAGAUAUACUUAAAAAUGAUCCUAUUCUCUAUUCACAAAGAGUUUCUGAUUUAACAUCGUCUUUCAAAAAUGAGUACGAUACACCUGGUUUGUUUAAAAAUGUGUCACCAACGAGUAGAAGAAUACCAAAUCAUUUUACAAUUGCAACUGAUGAUCCAAGAUUACCCAUAGAAGCAUUUUUCCCCAACAUUAACGAUAACAAAGAAAAGUAACAACAGUGACAUUUUACAAGAAAAGGUUUACAUGUGUAAAACAGCAAGCCAAAGACAUUAAGAUCAUCAGUGAUAAAUAAAUUUGUAAAAAAUAGUUGUGUUAAUAGUUUUAUAUGGGUAUCGUAUAUUUAAUGCGGUAUAUAAACAAUGUAGAAAAAUAUAAAACUUACAAUUACUUGGAAGUUGCUUGUACCAUAAAAUUAGAUUCAUUUAGAAACUUAUUAAUAUUCGCAUAAGAGACAAUAGUCGAUGGAAUGUUUGUGAUAUAAAAUAAAAAUAUUGAGUGUUAUGAUUUUAAAAAUGAAAAUGUACAUUUGUAUUUAGAAAAAGUACUUUUAAAUAAAAGUGCAAAUAUUCUUUUUAUAUGCAUCAAUGUUCUAAUUUAUUUAUUCAGACUAAUUUCUGUAGAUUGUAAUUUAUUAAAUUAUUUAUUAGAUGUUACAGAUUACCUUAAAUAAAUGGUAAAUAAUAUGGUAUUUUUUUUCUUAAUUUUUUAAUGAUAACUAUGUGAAUUCAUUUAAAAUUAUAUACCAGGGGUGGCUAAGUUUCGCGAGACGCAAUAUUUAAAAGGUAUACAAAAAAGGUAUUAUAUUUAUUGAAAAC